AUGCAGCUGAUCCUGGCGUUCUCUAGUUAUGCGUGGGCUAAUUUCAACGGGGGAGAUAAACACUACGAGAGGAAAGGCUUGACGCAUAUGAUACAGGGCAUGACGCUUGUCAUUAAAAACCUGGCGCAGACACAAUCCUCGACCUCUGAGGGUACAAUACAGGCGACAAUGAUCCUCUCGGCAAUUGAGGCCCAAGCUGGGAACAUAGAGGGCUUCAAAACUCACCUCUCGGCGGCAAGGCUGAUGGUCAAAAUGCGUGGAGGCUUGGAUCAAAUCAGCUCACUUCUUCGAUGGCAAAUAUGCUUAAGCGAGCCAGGAAUCUACCAAACCAUCGGUGUUGAGACGUUUCCUUGCACAGAUCGCUAUUUCGGCUUCUUCCUUCUGCAUUGCCGGCCAGACGUUGCGAUGAGGCAUGCAGUUUUCAGUAAAAGAUCACCAUCUGCCAAGCUACCUGUUGAAGAGGUGCUGGAGUUCCGUGAUCCUCUUGAUCUCCCACCAAGCCUUUACUUCUCAGCGUGCAUCACCGAAUUCCUGUUAGUCACAGGACAAUUUCGAGAGCUCAGCUCAGCAAGAAAUCGGCAUUUGACCGAUCAGUGUGGCCAGUUUAGUGCCUUAUACGCUUCUGCGAAGUGCACAUCAGUGUCGAACGCUCUUCAUCCGAAACUCCGUUCGAUCCUCAACCCAGACCGCAGUCCGACAGAAUCAUGCAGUGCCAAGAAAAAUGCGACAUCUGCAGGCCUGGAAAUGCACGAUGCUAUGGGAAUGGUGUGUUUGUUCUACAUCCACGCAACACUUUGGAGAUAUAGGCACGAGCCUGCCGAGACGGAUAGGUAUAUGCAGCGCUUGGUUCAGGACGUGGAGCGUAAUAGUCUACAGUCGAGCCAGACCUUGAGCGCGCUCAAUCGGCUGCUUGUCUGGCUGUGUCUCACCGACGAGAACCUGAAGACAGACGACGGCGAAAUGGGUUGGAGAGGGCUGACGAGACUGGUCUCGCGGUUAACCCGCGUUGCGAGCAGGCUGAGCGAGCAAAGCCGCAAGAAUCUGGAACUCGCCAUGUUUGAAGGUCUGGGAGGGAAACAGCAGUCCUCCAUGGCAGGGGAGGUUGAUCAUGUCGGGCCUCCUAGAGCGACGGCUGAGGAUUGCAGGUGGCCCAAUCCUGAGAAAGUAUGGAAGGGUUUGAUCGGAUCUUCGUGGCCAUCAUCACAGAAACUUGGAAAGGUAAACUGCAACUGUGCCUAA